CUUCCCCCUCUCUCUCUCUCUCAUUUUAUUUUCGUCUCUGAAAAUCUCUUCCGGGUUCGGUGAAAAGUGAAAACCCACAAGCUCAGCUCUAAAGAGUGUGUACACUGUACAGUGCAGCUGAUCUUGUAAAUGGCUCCGAGAGGUCGGCCCAGAAAGAGGGGUAAUCCUCAUUUGGAUGCAGCUCUUAAGGCUAUGGCUGCCCUUACUUUUCCAGAGAAACUAGUCCGUGAUACAGUGGAUGAGUUACUUGAAGUUUAUGGAGGAGAUGAUGGAUGGGGCUUUAUUGAAGACGCUUCUUAUUCUGUCCUUAUCGAUACUCUUCUCGAAAGACAAAAAGAUGGUACUGAAAAGUGGAUUGCUUCUCCACGAGAUCAUGCAAGAAGUGAACAUGAUACUGAAGCUUCAGCUGUUCUGCCUUCCUCAAGCAGGGUUAGUUCACCUACCUGCACACCAAUGGAGGUUUUGCAACCACAGACUAAUCAACCUCUGAACUCUGCACCACUGACUCAAAUGCCAGUUGUUUUGCAGAUUCUAAGGAUUGUCUUCCAUCCAAGAGGCGUAGACCAUAUCACGGUUGGAUAGGCAAUGAUGAUGAGGAUCUUGUUCUUGUGGAACUCACACCAGCUCCAUUGCCACAAGGGCUGAAACUUCUUUAUUGUGUAAUGGGAAGUGAAUCUGCAAGACAAGGUGGAAAUAUGUGAGGCUCUCUCUCUUUAAUAUUUCACUCUUUCAUACUAGUAACCAGUCUAUGUAAAUCCACUUGUAUAUAAAAUACAGAAUUUGGUAACAUCAAAAGGAUGGAAGAUGUAGCACUCAUUUUUACUUUAUUUUUUCUGGUGUUUCCCUUUUCCACACAAAAGGAUGUUGCCACAGACAUGUAAAGUUAGCCUUCUGUAAAUAUAAGAGAUAUUAGACUUGCUCUGAUC